AUGGCCGACCCCUUCGAGGUGCGCAUGCGCUUCACGAAUCAGCUCCGCCAGCUGAACGCGUCGGUUAAUUCCGCGCAAAAAGCCGCCCAAUAUGCCAUCAAAUACCGAGACAUGGCCGAGGAUUUGCAUUCCUGCAUUCUCGAGCAACUAGAAAGGAGCAACAUGAAUACCCGGGCGAAUAUCAUGUAUUUCAUCGAGCACUUCCUCGAGUUGGCGAAUAAGGACGGUUACGACGACUACGUGCGCAUGAUGCAGCGCGACAUAAUAAGGGUUGUUGACGCGGUAGCGCCAGAUGACGGGUCGGGAGCGGCUAACGUCCAAGUCGUGCGGAAGGUCCUCGUCGCCCUCCAGAACAAAUCCCUCCUCGAAGCCCAAGCCGUAAUCCAAAUCGACGAAGUCCUCAAAGAACGCGACGCCUCCGCCCAAGACAUCGCCAUGUCCUCCCCACUCCCCAACGGCGGCACCGACGACCUCAGUGAUAUGCCCCCAGCACGCACUCUCCCCCCUUACAACAACCACACCAGCAACAACAGGCGAGGAGGUGGUGGUGGCGCGGCCGCGCCAGGUCUGGACAAGAAACAGAUCGAGCAGCGGAUGGAAGAGGACCGGGAGCGGCACAAGCGGCAGCGGGAGAACAUAUGGGCGGUGCCGCCCGGUGAGGAUGCUGAGAUGGAGAGGUUGUGGGAGGAGACGAGUGAUUUGGGGGAGGAUGAUCAUCGGCUGGGGGAGGAGGAGUGGCUGGAGUGGCAGGCCGAGUUUGAGGCGCGGAAAUGUGUGCAUCAGAGGGAGGCUGAUGCAGCAAGUAGGUGA